CCUGUCUGUCUCUAACCUGUCUGUCUCUAACCUGUCUCAGGUACGAUGGGGAAGGAGCAGCGACCGGCUGAAGUUGAGAAAGGACGAGGAUCUCUGUUCUCUGUGUCCUCUGACCUCACUGUUACCAGACACCUGAGACAGGUGGACAUCUCUAACGGGUUGGACUGGUCUUUGGACCAAAAGACGUUUUUCUACAUCGACAGUUUGUCUCUGAGCGUUGACGCGUUCGACUACGACCUGGAGACAGGAGACAUCGGUAAGUACUUCAUAGUACUACCUAGCACUUUACACUACGACCUGGAGACAGGAGACAUCAGUAAGUACUUCAUAGUACAACCUAGUACUUUAUACUACGACCUGAAGACAUGAGACAUCAGUAAGUAC